CACUCUUUAAGAGAGAUUCCCACUUGAUGGAGCCAGGAUACGAUGAAAAGAUGGUGGAGGCCGCCGCACAUACAGAAUAAUUUACGCAAGAGCUGCCCACGCAACACCGCGACAUGCCGAAGAGGUUUCACGUGCGCAACUGUCAUUCCACAUACUAUCAGCUGAUUCUACGCGACCUCUUCACCGAGAACAAUAGCUGCGUCACUGUCACUAGGACACCAGAUAAUGACAAGUCUAUCUUGUCUUCGCCACACCCUGAAAAAAUGGAAUGCUUCACAAGUCCUAAUGAAGAUCGGUUCGACACACGGUCCGACCGUGAGACGUCGAACAUCGAGAUGAUGAAUGAAUAA